AUGAAAAACUGCAACUCCAUCCUCCUCUUUUCUCUAGCAGGCCAAGCCAUUGGCUCUCCACUUCUCCCCCGCAAAGACGGCGUCGACGUCAAGCACGUGGCCGUCUUCAGCAUCGAUGGCCUCCACAACAGCGACAUUGAUAAGUGGCUAGCACUCGGUCCUUCCAAUAUUUCCAAGCUCUUGGGUACAGGUUACAGAUACACCAACGCUUGGGCUACAUUCCCUUCCGACUCUUUUCCUGGCACAUUGGCUCCAUAUACUGGUGCUACGCCGAGGACGACGGGAGUGUGGUAUGAUGAUAUUUGGGACCGAUCAUUCUUUGCGCCAGGGAGUGGAUUGGUAUACGACGAAGGCGUCGACGUCGACUCAACAAAGCUCUUCACCACAAUAGACCCCGCCAAGCUCCCACAAGCACUCAUUAAAGGGCAAUGCACCAACAUCUAUCCUCACAUGCGACCACGCGUCAACACUGCUUUCGAGGUAGUAGUAGGAAAAGGGCUGAAGACUGCCUACACCGACAAACACCCUUCUUAUGACCUUGUGCGUGGGCCGAGCGGCAAGGGCCUCUCCACAGGGUACUUCCCUGAGAUCGCGAGCACGGCUGGUGGUGUUGAUGCCACGACUGCGUAUGAUCAGUUACAUGUCAAUGCAUGGCUAAACUGGAUCGAGGGGAAGGACAUUGCAAAUGCAGAGGGGAGUUUAGGUGGGAAGGUUCCGACCCUAUUUGGCGGCAAUUUCCAAGCCGUAUCGGUUGGCCAGAAGACGGCAGGCUACGUCAAAGGCAGUCUCGCUUUCACGGAUGGCCUCAAGAAGGCUAUCAAAUUCGUCGACGACUCGCUUGGCCUCAUAAUCAAGAAACUCGAAGACAAGGACAUGCUUACAAAGACCAUGAUUGUCAUUGCACCUAAGCACGGUCAAUCUCCCAUCAAUCCUGAUAAAUUCGGUGAGGUUGACCCCAAGCUUGUCACUGCUGCCACCGGCGUUCCGGUGGUUUGGCAAACCAGCGAUUCCAUCGCUCUUAUCUUUCUUAAAGACCAAAAAGACCUCGCGAAAGCAGUCGCAGGCCUCCAAUCGCAAGCCACGGCUCUUAAAAUCUCCGACAUCAUUUACGGCGACCGUCUCAUUAAAGAGUUUGGCGAUCCCUCUAAGGACCCUGCUGUCCCUGACAUUGUCGUUGCGCCGAUCCCCGGUAUCAUUUACUCGACCUCCAAGAAGAAGAUUUCCGAGCAUGGAGGUUUGUCGGAGGAAGACCGGCAUGUAGGCGUCCUUGUCAGCCAUCCCAAGUUGAAGAAGGCUGUCUUUGAAGACAAAGUGUUUACGACUCAAGUUGCGCCGACCAUUUUAGAAGCAUUAGAUUUGGAGGCGGAGGAGUUGGUGGGGGUGAAGGCUGAGGGAACGAAGGCUUUGCCUGGCUUUGAUGAUUGA